AUGACGACCAUGGAUCGCGUCUCCCAGUUCGCCACGCAGCUGAAUCCUUUGGCAACGCCGUUGGAUAAGAUCACCCAGAAGCUUCCCGAUGAUGUGGUUAUCACUCUGGCCCUGAGGACUCCUUUGACCAAAGCAGGUCGAGGUGCUAUGAAAGAUACCUUGCUCGAUGGCCUGACCUUCAAGAUCCUAGAGCAGGUCCGAACGCGUAUGAACAUGGACCCAUCGCUCGUGGAGGACAUCUGUCUGGGCAACGUCCGUGACGGUAAAGCAUCGUACUAUUGCCGUGUCGCAGCACUCGCCGCUGGCUUCCCCUCCACCACAGCCGCCUCGUCAAGCUCGCGGUUCUGUUCGUCUGGCUUGACUGCUACCCAGCAUAUAGCGACGUCCAUAGCAACCGGAGUGAUCGAUGUUGGUAUCGCGGUAGGUGCUGAGCUGUUGAGUACACCAAUCCCUAGACUCGAUCGCGAAUUCGUGGAAGAAGUCUUGCAGAAUCAAGAUGCGAGAGACUGCAUGAUUCCAAUGGGCGGUACUUCCGAGAUUGUUGCCAAGGAGUUCAACGUAACUCGCGAAGAGCAAGACAGAUAUGCCGUGGAAUCAUAUCGACGAGCAGAGACUGCUCAGAAAGCGGGCUGGUUUGCAGAUGAAAUCGCUCCGAUCACUGUCAAGAAGGAUGGUCAAGAAGUUCUCAUAGAGCAGGAUGAGAUCCGAUGGGGCACUACCUACGACAAAAUCUCCAAACUGCCGGGCUCGUUCCAGGAGUACGGAGAUCGAAGUACCGCGGGCAACUCCAGCCAAGUAACGGAUGGCGCAGCCGCGUUAUUAUUGAUGAAGAGGUCCAAAGCGCUCGAACUGGGCCAGCCAAUCCUUGGCAAGUAUGCUGCGACAGCACUUGCAGGUCUUCCACCCCGGAUCAUGGGCAUUGGUCCUUCAUUGGCCAUUCCCAAACUGCUCAAAAAGGUGGGACUGGACUUGAAGAAAGAUGUUGAUGUCGUUGAGAUCAACGAGGCUUUCGCGUCGAUGGCUGUCUACUGUCGAGACAAACUGGACCUGAACUGGGAAGUGAUGAAUCCGCGAGGCGGAGCGAUUGCGCUGGGCCAUCCAUUUGGCAUGACUGGAGUCAGACAAAUCGUGACAGGAUUGAGCGAGUGUCGCAGGACGAAGAAGAAGAUCCUGCUCACAAGCAUGUGUCUUGGAACGGGAAUGGGAAUGGCAGGGCUGUUUGUGAACGAGCAGAACGUUUGA